CAAAUGUGAGAGUUACUGAAAUUGGACCCGCAAGUGGAGUGCUCUUUUGAUAUGUUCUUCUCUUCUUUAUCGAAAAACACCCCCACAUAAACUAUAAUUCUUUCUUCUCCUCUUGUGGGUGGAUGGUGGGUGACGUCAAAACAUGUGUUUUCAUGUUAUACCCCUACCAAUGCCGAUAUUUCUGACAUACUCUUAACAAAUGAUCACACGGCUGAGGUUGUCCCAACAGGACGACCAAGGUGACAUCAAAGUCCUACAUUUUCAAGCUGAGUAUUCGUAAAGAUCUAAUAAGUGGGACCUCUGUCCUUGGAUUGUACAGCAUUGUUGGCCCCAUAGAAUAAUAUAAUUGUUUUAGCCCACCGACGACUAAGAAUGGAAGGGAUUGCAGCGACUCUCUCUCUCUCUCUCUAGACCUUUUUCUUCCUUCUUAUUUACAGCUUCCUCCCUUUAUCUGACAGGCCAUUUCCCUUUCUGAUAUCCUUCCCUCCCUCACUCUCUCUUCUUCUGCCUUUGAUCUGCUCUCUAUCCCUUUCUCUAUAGUAUUUAGUGGCAUAUUUAGAAAAAGUGUUAGUGAAGAUAAAGCGUGAGAGGGAGAUUAAAUUUUUUGCAUUGCGUAUAUUUGGUUUUCAGUUUGUUUGUUUGUUUGAUGGGUUUUACUUCUCUUCAAGUUUGCAUGGAUUCAUCUGAUUGGCUUCAGGGAAUGACUCAGGAGGUGCCAGCAAUGGAUUCUUCAUCCCCAUGUGGGGAUAUUCUCACAUGCUCAAGGCCAUUGAUAGAAAGGAGGCUAAGACCUCCGCAGGAACAAGCUGUCAAGUGCCCAAGGUGUGACUCCACCCACACCAAGUUUUGCUACUACAACAAUUACAGCCUCUCCCAGCCGAGGUACUUUUGCAAGACUUGUAGGAGGUACUGGACCAAGGGCGGAACACUAAGGAACAUUCCUGUCGGUGGAGGGUGUAGAAAGAACAAGAAAGUCGCUACUACUAAAAGAUCAAAUGAUCAAUCAGCCAACAACUCUGCCGGGUCAUCUAUGCCUCAUAAUCCCACUGAUCUUCACCUUUCGUUACCUGAAAUGCACCUUUCUCACCUUAAUAACAUACUUGGUAUUCAUGGUAGUAAUACUAACUUCAUGGAGAGUAAAUACAAUCCACUGCUUGAAAACCCAGGGCCGAUCGAUUUCUUGUCUAGGAACUACGAAGGUUUGGGGAAUGGUGAGUUGGGUAUGAUUGGAGGACUUGGGGAUUGCUCUCCAUAUGGGAUGUCCCUUGAUGGCAAUGUUAAUACUAUUACUUUCAUGGACACUUAUCAGAGGAUGACGUUUCCCUAUGCUGCAAAUGAAGAUCAGCAUGCAACGGACGUGAAGCCAAACACUAAGCUCUUGUCCCUUGACUGCUGGCAAGACCAAGGAUGUUCUGAUACAGGGAAAUGCACUUACGGAUUCUUCAACAACUUUGGAUCAUGGAAUGAUGAAUGAUUAUGGACCCUCCACGACAAAUCAAUGAUAAAGAGUGCCCAUUCCGGUUGUUUCAAUGUAUCCAUUAUUGAUAGAUGGCUGGGGAGUUAUCAUUCAUGCGAUCAAGUCUCAUGAUUUGCCUGCUAUGGCCUAUAGCUUUGUUACGGACUAAUUGUUUUAGUGCAUCCUUUGAUCUAAUUUCAAUUGCCUAAUCUUGUAUCUUUGUGUAGUACGUUUGUGGAAACCUAAUUUUAUUCGAGCUUAUUGCUUUAUUUUCA